AUGGCCAAGAAACGCGAGAUUCCUUAUCAUAAGAGCGUGAAGCUCCUGCCAAGAGCCUUGUAUGCUGGGCAAUACAUCCUCCUGGGAUGGAAGGGCGAGUGGCAUCCCUUUACGCUGACGUCAGCGCCGGAGGAGAACUGCAUCAGCGUUCACAUUCGCUCGCCAAACACGCUCGACUGGUGCUCGGCGUUGCGAAAGCGCCUCACGGAGGAGGCGCCAUCCCAGGCACGGGGCGAGGCAAAGUGCGAGAAGCCCCCCAGGGCGCCUCUUCUCAUCGAAUACGCCAAGUGCACACUGCCAAACAGCCAGGUAGUCUACAACGUCCCCAAGGUGGCCAAGAAAGAAGAGGAGGAGCUCAUAGUGCGAGACCUUGACGCGCCAACCGGUGCCGAGAAUGGCCAGGGUCCACGCCUUCUGGGACGCAGCCCCUCAGGCAAAAUGGGAACUGCCGUCGCUCGUUCCGGCGAGACUUUGGUGAGUAGUCCGCCAGCCGGAAGCCUCCCACAAGAGGCCGUGGUGCUGCAGGUCACAGGGCCAUUUGGUGCACCAGCGCAGAAGGUGUGGGGCUUUGACACGCUGAUGGUCGUGGGUGCUGGCAUUGGUGUCACGCCUUUCGCUUCCAUCUUGCGGUCGGUGCAGCUUCGGUCAAAGCAGCGAGAGACGAUCAUGACUGCCGCAACUCGGCCUUCUGCUUGGCGCAGCAUGCUGGGCAACAACAACAGCAAUGAGGCCGAGGAUCCCAGGAUGGGCCUUCAAAGGCUCGUGGAGGAGCUUGUGGUGGUACCAAAGAAGAUCUACUUCUACUGGAUCUGCCGGGGCCAGGAGGAGUUUGACUGGUUCUGUGACCUCCUCGCCGCCGCGGCAGACGGACCAGCUGCAGGUAUUGUGGAUAUCACGCUCUUCCUCACGGGCGAGAUCGAGCUUGGCCAGGUCAAGAAGCUGCCCUGUGCCUCCGGUCAGUUUUUCGGCCGACCUAACUGGGGCCGCAUCUUCAAGCAGAAUCGCGAGAAGCACCAGGGCGAACACAUCGGUGUGUUCCUGUGUGGUUCCCCCAUCAUCGGCGAAGAACUUUCAAGGCAGAGCAUCAAGAACUCUGAUCUCAUCGGCACCCCGGGUGGCACCCGCUUCAGCUUCUUCAAGGUCGGCAGCACCAUGGGAGCUUCUCAACAUGGGGAGGGAGGGGGUUCUCAAAGUUGUGCCUUUGUUUUGGAGUGA